CUGCCGUAUACUAGGUCGCUCUAAUGAGCUGUUCAUGUGAACUUGUUCCGGACUACGUGACUCUGAAUCAGUAACAGUGUAAUGUUAAAAUAGGUUAACAACACAGCUGCCAAAAGAAUUAUUAAUUUGUAUUGUAUUUGUCUGAAUUUUGAACAAUGAGCGAAGAAUUUAAAUUGCCUAAGCGGUCAAGAAAACGUACGCGCGAUGUGAAGCGCAAGGCGCGACCGGAGUUGGAUGGAGAGAACGCGUGGGUCGCAAUGAGGUUUUAUGAAAAGUUCGAGCCAUUUUGGGAGUUCACCGAGUCGUCCAACAUAGAUAGAAUUGACAAUGCUGUAGUGACAUGUGAUGAGUUUAUUAAGCGCUAUGAGCGACCCUAUUUCCCGGUGGUAAUCAGAGGCUGCGCCGAAGGUUGGUUGGCACAGGAAAAAUGGACGAUGUCCCGCCUGGCCAAGAAGUACCGCAAUCAGAAGUUCAAAUGCGGCGAGGACAAUGAGGGCUACAGCGUCAAAAUGAAAAUGAAAUAUUAUGUGGAAUAUAUGCAGGCGACGCAUGACGACAGUCCACUUUAUAUAUUUGACAGCAGUUUUGGUGAGCAUCAUAGGCGACGCAAGCUGCUGGAGGACUAUACGGUACCCAAAUAUUUUCGCGAUGAUCUCUUCAAGUACUGCGGCGAGGAUCGGCGUCCCCCUUACCGCUGGUUUGUCAUGGGACCAGCGCGUUCGGGUACUGGCAUACACAUAGAUCCUUUGGGUACAAGUGCCUGGAACACACUCAUACGUGGCCACAAGCGUUGGUGUCUGUUUCCUACCCAAACUCCCAAGGAUCUACUUAAAGUGACCAGCGCCAUGGGCGGCAAGCAACGUGACGAAGCCAUCACCUGGUUCAGCACUAUAUAUCCACGAACUCAACUUGCCUCCUGGCCGGCACAGUUCAAACCCAUCGAAGUGCUGCAGGGUCCAGGCGAAACGAUGUUUGUGCCCGGCGGCUGGUGGCAUGUUGUGCUCAAUCUGGAUGAGACCAUAGCCAUAACUCAAAACUUUUGCAGUCGCACAAACUUUCCGUGCGUUUGGCAUAAAACGGUGCGCGGACGACCCAAGUUGUCGCGGAAAUGGCUCCGUGUGCUGCGAGAGGAGCGAAUUGAGCUGGCCCAAAUAGCCGAUAGUAUUAAUAUUAACGAAAGCACCGGCUUUGCUUCGGAUAGCUCCAGCAACUCCAGCUCAUCCUCUUCAUCUAGCAGCUCCUCGUCGGAAAGCGAAGCCGAAAAUGCUGACUCCAAUACUGACAGCGGUCAGGAGAGUCUAACUGCAAAGAAGAAGAAGAAACGACGCAUGGCCGGUGGCGGCGAGAACGGCAGUCCUAUUAACUCAUCCUCAUCGCGCUCUUGAUGUCGGCAUAAAGCCAAGCAAAAGGGCCUGCUUUUCCGACUCUUUCAGCGUCAGCUGUUGUUCUGCAGACGGCAUCUUUCGAACCGUUCGCAGCAGCAGCAGCAACAUACGCGUCCAGGCAUCUGUACAUCGUGCCACAGUUAACCCAGCACACAUUUUGAACUCUGAUAACAAUUGUUGCGUGCUUAGUAAUAUUUUUCUACUUAGACAAGUAAACAUGUUGCUGUAAAAAUAAAUAAAUAAUAUAUCAAUAGUCGCGGACGACAUUUAUUUAAUUACUCAAUAGUUGUUCC